AUGCAUAAAAACGAUUCUUAUGGUUUAAUGCACAAUAAACAACUGACAGUAAAAGAUAUUCAGCGCUAUAAACAUGAGCUAGAAGAAAUAAAUAAAGCGCGCGAGCGUCUAGCGGUCUUGAAAUGUGGAAACGCUUUCGUCGAUUGCAACACAAAUUUCUCAUCAAGUGACAAAUAUUUUUUGAUUAAAGCCGAAAAUUGUAUCAUUGAAAAGACUCCCUUGUUGAAUAUCGAUCCUACGGAUGACGAUCCUCCACUAAAAGGACUAGUGAAAGUUGCAUCUGAAUCGACGGUAUCUUCGUCAUCUGAAUCUAGCCAUGACACAAAAAGUUCGGUGUCAACAAAGCCGAAGAAAAGUGUGUUAAAGCCGUUGGCAUUAAAACGAAUUUUAUUGGCUCAGCCUGAAGUCAUUGAAUUUCGCAACUGCGAAGCUCAUCAAACAUACCAGAAAAAGCUAAUUUUGCUCAACACGGACACGCAACUGACGCGAUUCCGAAUGGAAUGUCGGCCGUUGAGAUCACCGUUCACGAUAUUUAUCGAAAACAAUCGAGAGCUCAUUGCACCGGGUAUGCAUGCUAAGCUCACCGUGGAAUAUCAAUCCGACGGACUCGGCGAACCGGAAGAAACGCUCGUGAUCAACGUGCCAAAUGGCCAAUCUGUCGCCGUAAUUCUGAAAGUACGGCGGGAGCCGCCAACGUUGCAAGUUUUAGCGCAGGCUUGCUCCACCCUGUCCCUGGCUGACCGAUCCUCCAACGCGUCGAUGUCGAGCACCGCGACCGAAUCUACCUCGAAGCGAUCGUCGUCCGGCAGUCUCGGUAGCACCGAGAGCACAAGUACCCGUAGCUCCGAUUACCGGGUUAAGCAGCCGAGUUUCGACUGCAGGAAAUGUUUCCUCGGCGAGUUUGUGGUGAUAUCGACGCUCCUGAAAAAUGACGGAGGCAGGGGGCGAUUUUUCAUGAUGAGCGAAAGCGACUGGUGCUUACUGGAUAUCAAGGAUAUCACCGCGAACAACAUGUUGAUCGUUUCGCCGUUCGCCGUGUGGCCAGCCUACUUCGCACUGGACCCAGGCCAGUUCCUGAUACUGUACACUUACUUUUUCCCCGAGUCUUCCGGAUUACAAGUGGACGAACUGUACGUGAUAAGCGAUAACUGCUCGGUAAAAACCGUGGAAGUCACCGGCGACGGCGUCAUCUUCGAGCGACAGUCGCUCGAGUUCGACGAUAACGUCAAGUAUCAGUCGUUUCAAAUGAAGAACAAAGAGCUCUGCACCAUGCGCUACAUGGACCUCGGCGUCGGUGACACCGACGGCUUCCUCGGUGACAUUUUCACGAUAACGAGUAAAUGCGAUUUAGACGUGCACUAUCGUUGGGAAGUGAGCGACAUCGUACUCUGCCCGUCGAUAUAUAAGAUAACCAUAGGACUCGGGAAGACAAAUUUUCCCGUCGGAAAGAUGAGCAUCGAGCCAAGCAGCGGUGUCUUUCAGGCCAACUCGGUUAUAACGUUUCACGUGAUCGCUGAUUUGAGAUCGGUCAAGCACGAUCACUAUCGCACCACUUUGAGGCUGAUCGUCGAGGACUUGCCGCUGGCGGCGAUUCCCGAGAGGUUCAAUUUUCCCUACAGCCAGAGUCGAACCAAACGACGCCUUUGCGAGAAUCCAGUAGACAUCAAUUUCGAGAAUAUCGACGUUCGCUUCAAGUGCGAGCCCAAGGCAGUCGCGAGCGUGAACGGCUAUCGAACUAACGGUACGAUGGACGAGGCAGCAACCGAAUAUACCAUGCAAACCGUGUCGAUGGCCGAUGUGACCUACGUGGAAGACGACUCACUAUUCUGGCAAAGCGCAUUCAUGUUCAAAGCCGACGCCGUGGACGACGCGCGAAGUUCAAAGAGCGAGAGCGUUUGUCGAUUCAUCAUGGGACUCGGCGCUUGCGACUGCUGCCAAGCGACAUUGCCCAGCACGGCCGUGCUCAGAGCCGGAAGUCCACUUUUCGUCGGCGUCGAGUCCACAUUCUCCGUCGUCCUCUGCAAUCGGAGCUCCGCGAGAAUCAAAUACUGGUGGAGUCAACCGGUUGGCUCUGAUCACGCUAAAAUGAACAUCGCGCUCGAACCAGCCUACGAUUCCAUCUCACCAAAUUCACAACGAGUUAUACGACUGAGGUGCCUGCCUUUGGAAAGCGGGACCAUCUCGUCGAUUUUCAUCACCUGCCAAUUCAACGGGACCAAUCCACUUGUCCUGUCGAUAGAGUGUCUGGUGAAAUCGCUGUGCGUCAACUUUUACUUUCCCACUCCGGCAAUUGAAACGGCUGACGUGAACUACGCGAGGAUCGAAUGGAACGCUAACGAAUAUCUAUCUAAAUAUGAUAAGAAAUCUGGGAAAAUACAAUUGUUAUCGCUGAUGUCACGGGAAGAGAAAACGUUACACGUUGUUGAAUUGAACAGCGACUGGUCGUUGAGGAAAUCAAACGUUGACACGGACUCUCCCGAUUCUCACGAAUACGAAGGAGACAUUAUCGUCGGCAAUACUGAAACGCGUCGAGGUGAGAGGGAAGUCGGCGAGCAGUCACGUGUGUCGCGUGACUUUUCCGAGGACGCAUUCGACUACGAAGCCGAAUCUUUCGUCGACGAUAGCGAACACUUGAAAUUACUUCCAUAUUUCGAUUGGUACUCUGAUCUGAUGAAAAAGCACUUUCGCUAUCAACCUCUAGUUUUCGAAAUCCACGUUCGUUCGUCCCAAACUACGAGAAAGCGAAUUUACGUGGAGAACGACAGCCCAAUCGCAAGCCACUUCCACGUGUACGUGAAAAACUUUUGGGCGCGCCAUUCGCUCGAUGAUGGACAAACUGACGGCCUGCUGCUUGACACGAACGCAUCGCAAUCGGGUAUCCACUUGAAGAUCGAGCCAGUCGGAGGCGAAAUCAAGCCACGCGAAACUCUGCACUUGGACUUGAUCGUCAGCAGUACGACGUGGGGAGUGUACACGGACCAGAUACACGUGGAAAUCGACAGUCUGCCCCCGUUCGUGUUCUGGAUCCGCGUAAUCAACGACAACUCGCCGGUCGCCUACCCCGUUUGCAAGAACACUUCGAUCGCCAUUCCCAGCAUACGGUUUACGUCAUUCAAACCUGGCUAUCCGUUGGAACAAAGAAGGCUUCUGUUGGAGAAUACCAGUGAAGCUCCUCUGUACGUGAAUUGGCAUUGCUUUCUGAUCGGCGAGGACGAAGGAGAUGGGUGGAAGAGGCCAUUUAAUGUUAUCUUGGAUAUGGUUUCGCCUUUUCUCGAUGCCAACGAGGCCAAAGAUGAUUUGGCCGAGAUCGAUGAAACGUCCAGCCAAUAUACGAACAGUGACAGUUCUGAGCAUUUCCAAAACGGCGCGGCCUUCGGCAACCCGUGGUACGAAUCGAGUGGCGAGGCUGUUGGCGAACUCAUCGAUUCUAGCAGUGACGACGACCAUUCAGAAUCUAUCACUCCAGCGAUGAAUAAGCCAAAUAGAAAGCCCCAAGAUACCGAAUUCAAAGUAUCUUUAGUUCCCUAUUACGGCCAAUUGACUUCAGAUCUGUUUACAAUUACACCCAGAGAACUAUUCCUGCCCCCAAAAUCGAAACAUUACGUUUACAUCGACGUGAACACGGAAAAAUUGCAUCGACACGUGGGUAGAGUAUGCUGCAAAGCAUGCGGCUUCAUACGCAUACCUCCAGACUUCAAGUAUAAAGACAACGUCUAUCAUCGCAAAGAUGGACAUUACAUGCCACCUAUGCAGGUAGAUUUGAGCUGUGACCUUCGAAGACCUAAGUUUUACAUGCUAUCGGACCAAUCUGACUGUACUUUCGAGUUUCAUACAAAAGACUUUAUACAGCGUGCGACAGAUAAGCUGCGGUUGAAAGAGAAAAUCUCCUUCAAAAAUUUCGACGUUAAAGCCGUGAGUGUUACAUAUGAAAUCGACAAGCCUUUCUCGAUAAAGGAAAUCGCAACGACAGCCGAAGUGAUCUGUGGUGGUAGCGUGACUGUCCGACCAAAUCAGAAUGUGCAGGUUGUCAUUAAAUGUUCAAUAAGUGAAAAUUGGAUAGAGGAAGUGAUACGCGAACAGGAGGAUAAUUAUCGCAAAAAAAAUUCUGUAACUUUGGACAAACGAUUGAACAUUGUUUACAAAGAAGGGUUUUGUCAGUAUUAUGACCUGUAUAUCAGGAUCCGUUUUCCAUCUCUCGCCAUUUCAACGACGCGCUUGGAUUUCGGAAAUGUUAUGUUUGGGGAACGAAAGUGCUUACAAUUUGAAAUACGAAAUCUUUCAAAGUUGGCGCAAACUUAUGAAUUGCAAAGGCCGGAAAAAGUUGAUUAUUUUACUCUUUUCCCCGUCAAAGCAUUGCUUGCCAAACGAAGUUUACUCAAUAUGGACAAAAUGGAAGUGACGGCAUCUUUUGUGCCUUUAUAUCCGGGGAUUUUCAAAGAAACUGUGAAACUUAUUUCCGAAGUUGAUGGCCAUAUAUUUUAUUGCACUUUGGAGGGGAGCUCGUGCACUUAA